CUGAACUAGUACAAGACUUUACGACAACGACAAAGUACCAUCAAAAAUGUCGUCUGUUAGCGAAGAUUUUUUGCGUGUCGAAUUCCCAUCAACCGAGGGCGAGUCGUCCGCGGGGCCAAGUUCUCAAACAUCAACACCUCCCGACACGGUCAGCGGGUCGCGUAAGCGCACCCUGAGCUCGCCCACCGCUGACGACGACGACGAGCAUGGCAGACGCGUCCGCAGACGCGAACCCGAAGCUGCUGAACUUACCGCGCGGAGCCUGCUUGCUCUCCCGCUUGAAACGUUCAAUACAGACUUGAUCUCUUCUAUACUUCAACCUUCUCCUCGUACACUCCGUCCAACCCACUCCUCGGGAUCGCCUCUUUCAAGUCCGUCCCGACGUCUCACUCGACGCCAAUCACGUCAAUCCCUCAGCCGCGCCUCAUCUGUCUCUGGUCUCUCUUUCGGUGGCCCCGACUUCUCUCGGGGCAGCACUCCCGUCAGCGGCUUCUCCUUCCAACGUCAUUCUUCUGUCUCGACGACUACCUCGUUAUUCUCACCGCCGCCCACAAUAUCGGACCAGAGUUCCAAAUGGUUCCUUCGCGACUCGAAGGUCUCCAUUGCCUACGAACCUAUCGAGGACGCCCUCCUUGGCCAAACCGCACCUUUAAGCUGGUCCACCACGAACCUACUGGUGUUCGGACGCGGGAACCGCGUUCACUGCAAGAACCUGUCCAACCCAGCGCACGAGGUCCCGGAUGGCUUGUUCAAGGUCAAGGAGAACGACGGCGACCUACGCCUCCUUUCGUGUGCUGGCCUCGACGCGCCCAACACCCUCGCCGUGUCUACCGCCGGCGGUCUUAUACAGUUAUACGAUAUCGAGUCGAGGCAAAUGAUCAGAUCAUGGCGCAAGGGGGGGUCGCCUACCGCCCUCGCGUGGUCCUCUAACCCUUCCAUACUCUCAGUCGGAGGCGAGAAGGGGACCAUUCGGCAUUUCGAUACGCGGAUCAAAGAGACGACCAAGAUGACGGGAGAGUCGCAGAGGGUGACGCGUCAUCAGGCUAUGAUCUGGUCCGUCGCGUGGAAGGAGGAUGGCAAGAUUUUUGCCAGCGGGGAUGGUGCUGGUGUCGUCCUAUGCUGGGACGCACGGAUGGAUAACAAAACGUUACCGAUCAACAAGAAAUCCGUGCCCUUAGACGUGGGAGACCUCGACAAGAGGAGACGCAGAAUGCAACAUGUUGGCCCGGUGAAGGCGUUAGCCUGGUGCCCGUGGAACUUGAAGACGCUCGCGAGUGGUGACGCGGCGCCCGACGGGACGGGGACUAUAAGGCUCUGGAAUAUCGACGAGGCCUCGCCCAAGGAGUUGCAACCGAACAACUUGGAACUCGACGCUCAGGUCACGAGCCUCCAGUGGUCUACCUCGUGUAGGGAGCUCUUCUCGACUCAUGGCACGGGGAUACCGAUCCCAGAGCCACCUCCUACGCCCGUCAUGACGCCACUGACUACGCCACGCUCGUUCGACGACGAGUUCGACUGGGACCUCUCCUUCGCUUCCGCGUCGACAGCUCAGAUCCCGCCCCCGCCCAUUCAAACUCUCGCAAAUUCCAUUGCGGUCCACUCAUUCCCACACCUGGCCAAGAUGAAGACGCAGGUGGUCGGAACUGGACCGGUCAACGGAAGUGCGGUGAGCCCAAAUGGGCAGAGGGUAGUGGUCGCCGUUCCGGGAGAGAAGUUAUUGAAGGUGUGGGAGGUCUGGGGCAAGAGGAAGACUCUGGCGAGGCAGAGGAGCGUCGUUUCCGGGCCCUGUGGAAUUCGGUAAAGUUUUGCCACAGAAGCAGGUCGUCGAGCAUGGAGGGGGGGAGGAUUGGAAGGGACGAAAGUAUGAUAUGGACGUUUUUAUUUCGGUGUUUAUAUUGGGGCGUUCCGCGUGCCGAGCUUUCGACCUUCUGUUCCUUUGUUCUCUCCGUAUGGCUAUUUCCCUUUCUCCCUCCUCGCCGGCUUUUUCCUCUCUUCCUUUGUCCAUAUUCAUUGUCCCUUAUCACGUCUUUAUCCACUAUGCUUCCCGUUCAUCACUAUGUUCUUCGUCUUGGUCAUCAACCUUACCUGUACCACUACUUCCCCAAUCACUACCCACUUUACUUUCGAGUAAGUUCC